AUGGCGUCCGGCUACGAUCGAGCUCUCUCCGUCUUCAGUCCUGACGGUCACGUCUUCCAGGUCGAAUAUGCGUUGGAGGCAGUCAAGAGAGGAACAUGCGCUGUCGGUGUCAAGGGCUCAGACAUAGUAGUACUCGGAUGCGAAAAGCGAUCAGCAAUGAAGCUGCAAGAUACGCGGAUUACGCCCUCGAAGAUCUGCCUCGUCGAUACCCAUGUCGCCCUCGCCUUUGCUGGACUCAACGCCGACGCCCGCAUCCUGGUCGACAAGGCCCGUCUGGAAGCACAAUCACAUCGCCUCACAGUUGAAGAUCCCGUCUCGAUAGAGUACAUUACAAAGUACGUUGCCGGUGUGCAGCAGAGGUACACACAGAGCGGUGGUGUGCGCCCGUUCGGCAUCAGUACGCUCAUUGUCGGCUUUGACCCCAACGACAAGACCCCGCGCCUGUACCAGACGGAGCCCUCUGGCAUCUACUCGGCAUGGAAAGCGAAUGCGAUUGGGCGGUCGAGCAAGACGGUGCGCGAGUUUCUCGAACGUAACCACAAAGAAGGCAUGGACCGGGAGGAGACGAUCAAGCUGACCGUCAAGUCAUUGCUCGAGGUGGUGCAGACGGGAGCGAAGAACAUUGAGAUUGCCAUUAUGGCGCCGGGCAAGGCCAUCGAGAUGCUGCCUGUCGAGGACAUUGAAAAGUACGUGGACAACAUCAACACGGAGAAGCAGGAGGAGGCGGCGAACAGGAGGCCCGGAAGGCAGCCCGGCACGGGACAGGCAGCCAUCCUGACGCGCCCGGCGGCAGGCGAGGGCUCGGGAGCGAGUGGCGCGUAG